AUGUCUAUGCUUCCCGGCCUCGCGGUCGCGACAGCUCCUACUGAGCAGAUGCGCGAAUUGGGCGCCGACGAGGAUGAUGUCCGCAAAAUGUCCAUCGCUGGCACCCACCCCGGUGUCCGCCAGCGUCUGUGGGGGUUGGAGGCUCGUCUCGAUCCCACUGUGACCUUCGAGGAGUUCACCUACUGGGCUAAGGUCGAGCGCGAAAUGGAACAAGAGGAAUCCGCCCGCUACAAGUCUCUCACUAGCGGCCAAGGCUUCAUGGGAGUCAUCAAGAACUACUUCACAAGUAAUGCCUAUGAGGACGCCAAAGUUCGUGACGCCACGCAUGCAUCGGAGGACCGCGAUCAGGGCAUUCAAUGGUCAGAGAAGAAGUCCCCCGAUACAGAGGAGGGCGCUCUUAGCCCUAUUGCUCCCGCUGGCACCCAUGACUUCGACGCCGAGUGGCGGCAGGCUGCACGCGCCCUGCGAACUGCCGGUUGGGGAACUAUCUUCUAUCUGAUUACCACCGAUAUUCUGGGUUGGGGUCAAACCCCCUACGUCUUCUCUAGCGACGGUUAUGGCCUUGGUGCUGGUAUCUUCCUCCUGAUGGGUCUCGCUGCUGGCGCCUCUGGAUGGAUGAUCUGGUACGUCUUCUUGGGUCUUGAUUCUUCUCGCUACCCGGUUCUGAGUUUUGGUGACCCCUUCUUCCGCCUUUAUGGUCCUAAAAUUCGGCACUUCAUCAACUUCACCCAAGCCCUGCAGAUGUUCUUGACCGUGGCUGUUGUCCUUCUUGGUCAGACCGGUAUCAUUGCCCAGCUCGCUGGAAGCGUCAAUCUCUGCUUCAUCGUUUGCGGUAUCAUUUCGCUCGUCGUUAGUAUUGCUAGCGGCUACAUGCGUUCCUUGAAGCACCUCGGCUGGUUCUGCAACUCCGCGGUGUGGAUCAAUAUUGUUUCCUUCAUCAUCGUCUGCGCUGCCGCGGCCAAAUACGGUCCUGACCCUACCGCCGCUGUCCAGACCGGUAUUCUCAACAAGGACUGGGUUACUAACCCCGCGCCUGUUAAGACAUUCGCCAACGCUCCUCCCCCCGAAUACCAGCAGUCCAACGCUGACCCUUUCGCCGCUAAAUUCAACGGUAUCAACAGCAUGGUUUAUGCUUACUCCGGAGCUAUUAUGUUUGUCGCUUUCUUGUCCGAGAUGCGUCAUCCUAUGGACUUCUGGAAGGCUAUGUUGGUUGCUCAGGCUUUUAUUACCGGCGUGUAUAUCUUCUUCGGUGCUUUUGUCUAUUCCUUCUACGGACAGUACGCCUAUGUUUCCAUCACCCAGUCCGUUAAGCCUCUCAACCUCCAAGUUGUUGGUAAUGUGCUCUCCCUGAUCACCGGUUGGCUCGCCGUCUUCCUGUACUUCAAUGUCGGAAUGAAGACUGUCUACCUUGAGGUCGGCCAGGAACUAUUCAAUCUGCCCGCGAUCACAACCAGGAAAGGCAAAUAUCUCUGGUGGGCCCUCGGCCCCGUCUAUUGGAUUAUUGCCUUUGUUAUCUCCAUGUCCAUUCCCCAGUUCAGCGCUUUCACAAACUUUGUUGGUGGUCUUUUCAGUCUAAACUUCACAUACUCCCUCUCUGGAGUCAUGUGCCUGGGAUACAAGAUCCAACAGGCUGCCAAGCUGCCCGGCGAAGGCUUUGACCCCGCGACUGGUGAGACCACCCGCCUCGACGGCGGAUACAAGCGCUGGGUGCGUGGUUUCCGCAAGAGCUGGAAGCUCAGUAUUCCCAUUCUAAUCUUCACUGGCUGCGGUUUCGCAGCGUCUGGUAUGGGUACCUGGGCUGCUAUCCUGGCCCUUGAGGAGGCUUUCUCACAAUCCGUUCUGACUUCUUGGACCUGCACCAACCCUUACUAUACUGGCUAG